GCAGGGAGGAGUGCAGCAAAGAGAGCGAGACCAGAUGAUGGGGAGAGAAAGAGGCAGGAUCUAUCAUGGUUAAUCCCUCAGCUCUGUCUGCGCCUUGACAAAGUGAUGCCCUCCAUGCAUACGCUCCCUUACGCUGAUUCUGAGGGUGAUAAAUGACAGUAGAGUAGAGAUUUGUUGUGAGACUGGGACAUCACUGAGUACUCCUAAACUUCACUUUGACUCCAUUCUGGUUUGGACACUGGAGAGACGUUUUUGGGACUCUGGAGUCACCGAUGCACCACUGCAAAUACCCUACAGUACUAGACUAUGAGACCGUCAUGAGACAUGCAUCACUACACAGCAACUACAAGAAAUCAAGAAGUGCAAUAAGUGUGUCUCCAAUUGAAGUCAUUUACUCAUCAUGUUCUAACUAAAGAUUCACCUCAUACUGCAACCUUAAUUACAAGAGGUUUCAGCAACCGUCUCAUUAUUCUCACGAAACUUAUCGGCAUACAAACUCAGUCAGUCGAAGCAGGCGAGCAUGGCGGACCGAUACCAGAACAACGUGUACCAUCAAAGUGGCGGUGACAGCUACGGGACGUAUGGAGAAGGUGCUGGAGAUGGUCAUGAUGAAUAUGGUUACCAGGCCGACUACCCUCCCCAGGAAGAGGACGCUGCCAGCGACGCGACUGAAGGUCACGAUGAGGAGGACCAGAUGUAUGAAGGAGAAUAUCAAGGAAUACCACAUCCUGACGAGGUGAAGGCUGCACAGAGAGCUGCAAGGGCUAAAUCUCGAGCUAGCGGUGCAGUCUCUGAACUGCAGGAGUUAUCGGAACAGUAUGAGGAUAUUAUGGAGGAUUGCGGCCAUGGAAAGUUCCAGUGGACGCUCUUCGUUGUGCUGGGCCUGGCUCUGAUGGCAGAUGGAGUCGAAUGUUUUGUGGUGGCCUUUGUUCUACCCUCCGCAGAGAAGGAUCUAUGCCUGUCCAAUGCGGAGAAAGGGAUGUUGGGUCUGGUUGUAUUCCUCAGUAUGAUGGUGGGAGCAUUCGUGUGGGGAGGCCUGGCGGACAAAGUUGGCCGUCGACGCUGUUUGGUUGUGGCAUUAUCUAUUAACUGCGUCUUUGUCUUCCUGUCCUCGUUUGCACAAAGCUAUGGCUUCUUCCUCUUCUUCAGGCUGCUGUCAGGCAUCGGUGUCGGUGGCACAGUGCCGAUUGUCUACUCGUACUUCUCGGAGUUCCUUCAGAUGGACAAGCGAGGAGAGCAUCUGUCCUGGUUGUGCAUGUUUUGGAUGAUCGGUGGGAUUUAUGCCUCUUUCACUGCCUGGGGAAUCAUUCCCAGAUAUGGUUGGGGGUUCAGUAUGGGCACAGAGUUCCAGUUCCACAGUUGGAGGUUAUUUGUUCUGGUUGCUGCUCUUCCUGCCGUCGCCUCUUUGGUCGGACUCACUUUCAUGCCUGAAAGCCCUCGCUUCCUGCUUGAGAAUGCUAAGCACGAUGAGGCAUGGAUGAUUCUGAAGCAGGUCCACGACACCAACUGGAGGGCUAAAGGACAGCCAGAAAAAGUAUUCACUGUUACACACAUCAAGGCUCCUAAGACAGCGGAGGAUGAGUUAAUUGAGAUUCAAAGUGCAACAGGAACAGCCGUGCAACGGUGGGCAGUCCGCUCGCUUACGCUCUGUAAACUGGUGCUGAAGAACGUAGCAUCUCUCCUGUCUGCUGAAUUGCGCUAUGCCACUCUCUUCAUGGCCGUUAUCUGGUUCUGCAUGGCCUUCAGUUACUACGGCCUUUCCGUGUGGUUCCCAGACAUGAUCAAGCACCUUCAGUAUGAAGAAUAUCAGUUGAAAGUCAAGGUGAUCCAUAAAGAAAAGGUGGAGAACUUUCACUUCAACUUUUCCUUGGAGAACCAAGUCCAUAAAGAAGGAGAAUACAUCAACGACAAGUUCAUCAAAAUAGAGCUGAAAUCCGUCAAGUUUGAGGACUCAUUGUUUGAAGACUGUCACUUUGAGGACAUCAGGUCCACCGACACUCUGUUUGAGAACUGCACCAUACGCAACACGUUCUUCAUCGAUACAGACCUGAAGGAGAAGUUCAUUGAUUGUAAAAUGGAAAACAACACCUUUGAGCACGACAAACAUGGAUGCCACCUGGACACUGUUGAGGAGAACGACGUCCUCAUAUAUUUGGUCAGCUUCCUGGGCAGUCUGGCUGUGUUGCCUGGCAACAUCAUCUCUGCCCUCUUCAUGGAGAAGAUUGGCAGAGUCAAGAUUAUAGGUGGCUCCAUGCUCAUCUCGGCGGGCUGCACCUUUUUCCUCUUCCUGAGCUUCAGCCAAUCUGCAAUCAUUGCUCUACAGUGUCUCUUCUGUGGCGUCAGUGUGGCUGCGUGGAACGGCAUCGAGGUGGUAACAGUGGAACUCUACCCUGCUUCUAAAAGGGCAACGGCUUUCGGCAUCUUGAACGCUCUCUGCAAGCUGGCUGCAGUUCUUGGCAGCUCCAUCUUUGCCAGUUUUGUGGGUAUCACCAAAGCCAUCCCCAUCCUGCUGUCCUUCGCUGCCCUGGUGUGCGGCGGCCUGGUUGCCCUCAAAUUGCCCGACACGCGAGAGAAGAUUCUCCAGUGAGGUCCGUGAAAGCGGGCGUUCAACAGGCGCGUAAGAGUUUGUGCUUGAUGUUGACGUCUCUGCUGCAGCACUACUGGACUCUUACUGCACUUUUAUUUCCAAAGCAAGAACAGAAACAGCUAACACCUUUAAGUAGUAAAAUGUCAUGUUUGUGAUGUGUUGUUGACAGUCAGGGUCCAUUGAUAGUUGUAAAAAAUAGGGAUGAUGCUCAAAUAAUAUCCGAUGUUGUUACUCAUGAUGACAAAAGGAUUUCUUUAUGAUUCCACCUGCUGCUCUGUGUUGAAUGCAUGAUGAGGAUUGACAUCACAACGUUUGUUGGAAAAGUCUCAAAGUUUGUCUCAGUGUAAACAAAAUAUAUUCCUAAUCAUUAUUUGCAAUAUUAACACUUACAACCAACUUACACUUAGUUAUUUUUCUUAUGCUUUGAACAAUGUCCUACUUUUUAAAAGCAGUAUGUGGUUCUAAUCAAAAUUUAAAUGAAAACUAUCAUAUAUUAAUAGCAAUGGCACUGAUUUGUUAGACAUGACCUUUCCAAGCAUCUGGUUCUCUACUAUUAUUAAUAAAAUGCAACAACAAAGAUAAAGUUCAUAUCUGUCAGAGAGGUACUAAUACAACAAUAUGUUUAUUU